AAUAGGUUGAAGAAAGAAGAAGUUGAAAUAACAUGUAAUGUCAAUGUCAAGAAAUGAUGACAAGACGACUCACAUCAUCUAAUAGGCAACUUAGAAAAUGAAGAAGUGUAUUGCAAAAAGAAGGGUACCCUGGAAUAAAGGGUUAAAAAGAAAAUCAUACAAAUAUGCCAAGAUGGUUAUCCAAGAUGCCCCACUGAAAAAAUUGAGCAGUGCUGAAAGAAGAAGCAAAGAAAUAUCAAUGGAAAGUUCCUCCACGCAGAAUUCUUCCGGAAGCCGGACCUCAAAUCAAAUAAACGUCAAUCAAGAGGUCUUUAACUCAGGUGGCGUGCUUCAAAAUGCCACUCCAGCAAGGAAAAGCCUAAAGGCAAAAAGAAGGCUUCAUCAGCAAACUGAUGUUAAUGACUAUCAGUUAUGGAAAGAGUGUUUUGAAAAGCUCAAUUCCCAAUCUAGGAGGUGUUCAACACCAGUUAGGUUUGUAUAACAUAUGUAUGUCAGUUUAGACAUGUGUUAAAUAAAUAGACAAUUUAAAAAA